AUGUCGACCUUUUCAAACGAGUCAUUCUCCAAACUGGCGUCGAUUUCCACGCAGACGCUUUCGGGCUUCUCGUGGUUUUGGUCCUACUACCUUCUCCCUGCAGUUGUGGCCUAUCCUUUUCUCUGCUCAGCACUCCGGUUCCGCCGGCUGAAGGCCCUCCAAGCGAAGUACAAAUAUGGCACGCCUGAACAUCCUUCCUACGAGGGAAUGACCGUCAAGGAAGCCCAUGAUAUCCUGAAAGCUGUGAGCGACCUGGAAUUCCCAACCUUGUUUGAGAAGGGGCUGCAGUUUGCUCUCUUCCGGACGUACGGCAUCCCCACCAUCAGCGAGCUCUUAGUCAAGACAACGCAACUCUCGGCGGAGAAGAAUGUGCCCAAGCGAUACGCCGACACAGGGGUAUUGCUCGGCGACAUGUAUGGUGGUGAACCUGAGAGCGACAGGUGCAUUGAAGCUUACGCCAGACUGAAUUACUUACACGGACAUUACAUCAAACAAGGCAAAAUCACCAACGACGAUAUGUUGUAUACACUGUCAUUGUUUCUCAACCAGCCUGUGGAGUGGAUCAACAAGUACGAGUGGAGGAAACUAAGUGACCUGGAAAUUUGCGCCAUGGGGGUGUUCCAUAAAGCCAUGGGCGAUGGGAUGGAAAUCUCCUUUGAGAAACUCCCGUCGUACUCGACAGGAUGGAAAGACGGGCUGCACUUCUACCGCGAGCUGGAUACCUGGGCUAAAGAAUACGAGAAGGCAUGCAUGGUACCUCACCAGAAGAACUACGACACGGCAGUGCAGACUCGACGGUUGCUGCUGAGCAUGUACCCUCCCUUCAUGCAGAGUGUCCUUGCAAAUGUUGUGAGCGCUCCGUUGGACGAUAGGCUCAGGGAAGCCAUCAUGUUUGAGGAGGCACCACCCUCGUACCGAUCAUUCUUCAACGGCUUUAUGGAGCUGAGACGUCUCUAUCUGCGAUAUCUUGCUUUGCCCAAACCCUCGUUCAUGGCCAAACAGGUCAUGACCAAAGAACCUGAUGAAAAUGGCAGAAGAUACUAUGUUGCGUGGGACACUGCACCUGUUUACGUCAAGCCUACUCUGUGGAAUCGAUGGGGUCCGGGGGCAAUAGUUCAUCUCGUGCUUGGAAUCCCCCGUCCGGGCGACCCUGGCACAUAUCCUGAAGGCUUCGAUAUCAACAGCACUGGGCCCUCGGUGUUCGUCGGCAAGGGAUCGAAAGAAAUGGAGAUGACGAGGGAAAGACUGAGGAAGGAGAGGACAGGUGGAUGCCCGUUUGCCGUCCAUCGGGCAUGA